UCGGAAACUUGGAGCUGUGAAUGUCCCAGAUGUGGAUACGAUGCUAUCCUUCGUGCGUCUAAAUAUUUCACUCUCCCACACUCAAUCCCAUCUUUCUUUUCCUAUUAAGCUUUUUGUUUUUCCCUUUCUUCUCUCACACUUCUGCUUCACCUCUCUCCCACAUGGACAAUGUUGGCUGUAGUCAUGAGUGAACCCCCACGCCCCUUAUGAUCAUAAACUAUUUUGGUAUAUUAGCAGGAAAAGGUUAUGAAGAGCUGCUCUACCGAGGUGUGCUUGCUUAUCAAGAAUCUUGUGAAAGAGGUGUAUUUGCAUGCAGAUUAGAGUUAUCUGAUUUCCACUGAUGAUCAGUUUGUCUUGAUCUGAAACAUAGUAAGGUUGUCUUACUCCAUCGACGAGCGUGCCUUUUCUCUAUUUCCUACUAUCUUCUCUCUUGGCACCUAACCUUAAAGGAGCAGCAACGGUAUAAUGGCUAAGGAUUAUGGUGGAUCACCAAAGCCUCAUCAGCUGGAUAUGAAACGAAAACGUCUCACUUGGAUUUUAGCUGUGAGUGGCCUAUGCGUCUUGUUUUACGUUUUUGGAGCUUGGCAGGGUAGAAGUCCUACUCCAUCCAGCCAGUCGGAUCUGUCCUCAAAAGUCGGCUGUGAUGUCCGCACCGGUGGGCAGGGAAACCGUGAUCUUCCAUCGUCAUCCGCUAUGAGUCAAGACGCCCUCGACUUUGAGAGCCAUCAUGAGUUAUCAGUCAACAGUUCUCAAGACAUUGAGAAAUUUCCGCCUUGUGAUAUAUCAUACAGUGAAUAUACUCCCUGUGAAGAUCAACAAAGGAGUAAGAAAUUCGAUCGGGAUCGGUUCAAAUAUAGAGAAAGGCAUUGCCCGACUAAGCAAGAGCUCUUACGAUGCCUCGUACCCGCUCCCCCAAACUAUAAGAGGCCUUUCAAAUGGCCACAGAGCAGAGACUACGCCUGGUAUGCUAACAUUCCUCAUAAGGAGCUAAGCAUUGAGAAGGCUGUUCAGAACUGGAUCCAAGUCGAAGGUGAACGCUUCAGAUUUCCUGGAGGCGGUACAAUGUUUGCAAAUGGGGCCGAUGUUUACAUUGACGAUAUCAACGCUCUCAUCCCUAUUACGGAUGGAAGCAUUCGAACUGCUCUUGAUACAGGCUGUGGGGUAGCUAGUUGGGGUGCUUACCUACUGAAGCGGGACAUUGUAGCUAUGUCUUUUGCUCCAAGAGAUACACAUGAAGCACAAGUGUGGUUUGCAUUGGAACGAGGUGUUCCGGCCAUGAUUGCCAUACUAAGUUCCAAAAGGCUUCCGUAUCCUUCUAGAUCUUUCGACAUGGCUCACUGUUCUCGUUGCCUGAUCCCAUGGCCCGAUUACGAUGGGCUGUAUCUGAUUGAAGUCGACAGGGUUCUUAGGCCUGGUGCCUACUGGAUACUCUCUGGUCCUCCCAUCCGUUGGCAGAAAUACUGGAAAGGUUGGGAUAGAUCCAAAGAAGACUUGAAACAAGAGCAAGAUUCAAUUGAGGACUUAGCUAAACGGCUCUGCUGGAGAAAAGUCAUCGAGAAGGGAGAUCUGGCAAUUUGGCAAAAACCAAUCAACCAUGUUGAAUGUCUUAAGAACAAAGAAAUGUAUGCUCAACCAGAAAUGUGCAAAUCAGACAGUCCUGAUGCAGCCUGGUACAAAGACAUGGAAGCAUGCAUAACCCCAUUGCCUGAGGUAAGCAAUCCAAAUGAGGUUGCAGGUGGUGCAUUACAGAAAUGGCCGGAACGUGCAUUCGCCGUUCCACCAAGAAUUAGCAGUGGUUCAAUCCCAGGCAUCAAUGCCCAGAAAUUCCAAGAGGAUACCGAGAUGUGGAAGGAACGAAUUGUAUAUUACAAAUCCCUUGUUACUGAUUUACCACAAGGACGUUAUCGGAAUGUAAUGGACAUGAACGCUAAUUUAGGAGGAUUUGCAGCAGCCAUGAUGAGAUUCCCAGUUUGGAUUAUGAACGUGGUUCCAGCUAAUACACAACCGGACACACUGGGGGCGAUAUACGAAAGGGGUUUCAUCGGGGCGUACCAGGACUGGUGUGAAGCAUUCUCGACCUACCCCCGAACUUAUGACCUCAUCCAUGCAGCCGGUGUCUUCAGCAUGUAUCAAGACAGGUGCGACAUUACUUACAUUCUACUCGAGAUGGAUAGAAUCCUAAGGCCGGAGGGCACAGUUAUUUUCAGAGACAUGGUAGAAGUUCUGGUGAAGAUCAAAGGCAUAACGGAUGGAAUGCGAUGGAACAGUAAAAUCAUCGAUCACGAAAGCGGACCAUUUAAUCCCGAGAAAAUUCUUCUUGCCUCGAAAACAUACUGGACUGCUUAAUAUGGUAGACUUUUCUGCACAUGAAUUCUCUUCAAUAAUUGGCCUUUUGCCUUUUCCUUUUCGGACAAGAAGUCUUAGUCGAUUAGAUAGGAAGUAGAGUGAUAUUUAACAUCAGUUACUACAUGUAUCACUCUUUGUUCUUCUUCUUGCUCUCUCUGUCCUUUCUUUUGAAUUUUUUCCCUCUACAGUUUCUGUAUCCAUUUUAGCUAGGCCAGGCUGCUAGUGUAACUGCACGAAGUUGCUUAUCGCUUUUUCGUCGCGAAUUGGCGACACUUUUAGAUAGUAGACAUCUAUUUUUAUGCAUUACAUAGUUGUAAGUUUGAGAGAUUGAAGUGACCUUCAAGUGGCUGUACAGGGGAUUCCUUCUCUAUAAUACCAAGAUCUUCCCUUAUAAGGCCUGCUUCUUGGUUAUACAUAUUAUGCCUAUAUCAUCUUCUAUGGAUAAUCAAAAGGAUUAAUUGCAUUUUGA